GCCUGGCCCCUUCACUAGCAACUGGCUGUCACGCCUUCUCUGUUAAAGGAGGCAGGUUCCUAUCGUCAUUCGAUCCCUUGUCUCGGAUACAGACGUUUGUCCCUCGGUCAAGUUGUAUAUGUUUUAGCAAAGGCGCACAUCAACAGUUUGUACACAACUAUGGGAACGGGAAUUGGCAGUGGUAUUAGUUGUCAACCUUGUCCAAAGGCGUCCGGGCAACAGAAGAACUUCCUCUUUAAUAUGCUGUGAAAGUCUUAACCUCUAGUGAAGUCGCAAAAUCUGGGAAUAAGUGCCUAGGUCUUAAAGGAAAGCGUGGAUUUCCAAGCAGGGAUGGCCAUUUAUUACGUUGCUCCGUGGUGGACAUACUGGCUGCAUAAUUUUCCACACUUCAAUUUUGUUUUCCAGUCUGUCGACAACACUUUCAGACCGGAGGAGACGAGCUAUCAGCAGUCGCUGAUCUUUCUAGCAUGUGUUGGUGCCGCUGGUCUGGGUCUGAGCCUGCUAGUUCUGACAGUAUAUCUGGUCUGCCUGUGUUGCUGCUGCAAAGACAUAGAGGAAGAUACCAAAAGGCCCAAUACCUGCUGUGUCACCUGGGCUGCCGUCAUCACAGGCCUCAUCAUAUGUUCUGCUGUAGGAGUGGGUUUCUAUGGAAACAGUGAGACCAACGACGGGGUGUACCAGCUGACCUACUCACUCUACAAUGCCAAUCACACGUUGGAUGGCAUCAACAAUCAGGUUGCAGGAUCUCUGGGAAAUGUGGAAGCUGGACUCAAACAGCACCUGGAACGGCUGGAUGAGAUCUUUGCCACAAGGUCUGACUACCUCCAAGUUCUGCGGUUUAUGCAGCUGAUGGUCAACAACGUUGUCCGUGAGCUGACUGCUCUGCCAGACAUCAAAAAAGCCAGUGUUGACUUGGCAGCCCUUGCUGACCAAACAGCCUUCAUUGAGUAUUACAGAUGGCUGACAUAUCUGCUGCUGCUGAUCCUGGAUCUGGUCAUCUGUUUGGCCAUGUGCUUGGGGAUGGCCAAGCAGUCUCGAUGGCUAUUCAUCAUGAUCAUGGCUUUUGUAGUACUGUCUCUGAUCCUGAGCUGGGCCUUGCUGGGAGCAGCUAUUGCUACAGCUGUGGGCACCAGUGACUUCUGUGUGUCUCCAGACAAGUAUAUUGUCAACCAAACCAAGGAUUUCCUUAGUGCAGAUGUUGCUCAUUAUUAUUUGUUCUGCAGUCCGAAUCUGCCAAACCCCUUCCAGCAGUCUUUGACAGUCUGCCAGCGUUCACUGACCACCACACAAAUCCAGAUCCAGGGCUUGCUGCAGUUCUCUGUGCCUGUCUUCCCCACUGCUGAGAGAGACCUUUUGGGGAUCCAGCGACUGUUGAACUCCACUGAGUUCAGUCUACACCAGCUAACAGCCUUGCUUGACUGCCGUGGGCUACAUAAGGACUACCUAUAUGCCCUAAUGGGUGUGUGCUAUGAUGGGGUGGAAGGGCUUCUCUACCUCUCUUUGUUUUCUCUGCUGGCUGGCUGUGCACUCUGUUCCAUGUUGUGUGCUAUUUUCCGAGUGUGGACACUAAUGGGCAGCAGGGACAAGGAGUAUGACGACAUAGAUGAGGAAGACCCAUUCAACCCUCAAGCACGAAGGAUAUCCUACAACCCCAGAAGGUCCGACAUCCACAGUUUCUGCAGCAACACCAGCAGCUUUUCCAGCCAGGCCAGCCUUCAUCCACCACCACAAGCUGCUUCCUGCACCAUGCCACCUCCUGAAUACAUGAAUCAGUCCAUGCUUUUUGGAGGGAGUCCUCGAUAUGAGAACGUGCCACUGAUAGGGAGAGGAUCCCCGCCUCCCUCGUAUUCACCCAGUAUGAGGACCACCUACCUAUCUAUGACUGAUGUCCAGAUCAGUCGCUGUGAGACUAACUUCCAUGUGUAGCCUGUCACUCCCUGAAUCCUUUUCAGAGAAGCACUGCCUGAGGCCCUGGACUCUUGCUAACAAAGCCGUCUUCAUGGCAUAAUCCUGUUUAGAAGCCUGCUGUCCUAGUCUGAGACAUGAAAGCAGGCCAUAUGAGGCAAUUAGCUCAGUAACAUCAGUGCAGUGCUCUAAAAGCCCUGCAUGCAGUUUUGAACACCAAGGAUCUGUACAAGUUCAUCACAAGUCUGUUAAUGUUGUGGAAAUACUGCUCCUCAAAUGUAAGCUUUUCCAUCAGCCAAAUUAAGGGACUUUGAACUGAAUGAAUCAAAACAUGUUUUUUGCUUUUCCUGUACUUCGGUGACCUACAUGGCUGUGAUCAGCCACAUGGUUGGUAUUUUGAUGUAAAGUGAGAUGUCCGAGUGUGACUAGUACUCAGACCAUUCAUCACAGUUUUUGAUUUUUCAAACAAUCCCUACUGAUUGGCAGUAAUAUAGCAGUAAUAAAAUCCCUUCCUAUUUUAGGUCUCGGUGUAAUUUUAAAAAUGUGAAUUAGACCAGUAAUUUUGUGAACAAUAAAAGAUGCCAUUCAC